AUGUCAAAUGAAAUCCCGCAGGAGCUUAAACGCUUCCUCAAUGGACUCGAUAUGGAAGAAUCCCCAGGUGACUGGAGAUUCACAAUCUACAGGACCUAUCCUACCUCCACCUCUACUUCCGCAUCCGAAGCGUCUACAGAAGAAGCAUUCGACAAGAGCGUCUACGAGCGAUUCCAUGCAUAUAUCGAAUCCAACUUACGCUUUACUGUCGAAGAGCUGUACGGUGAGAAGAUCCCACUGGACAUCGAAUACAUCCGCCUUCCCACCGCAAGCAUCCCCGAGGCGCGAACCCAUUUCUGCGCCAAAUACGGCUGGCCUCAGCAGUAUGAGACGGGUAUUCUGAGGAACCACGAGAUCAUGAUAUGCGACAUCGAAUUUUCGUCGUGA